CCAGGAGUGAGUGGCUCACUGCCCAGCUCCAGGCUCUGUCGCUCCUGGAGCGGGCGCGCUGUCUUCACCUCUUGGCCAGAAGGCUGGGCAGCGAGAGGGCGGGGAGCUAGAGGCGCGGGGACUGUCGCUCUGGCAUUCCCGACGGCCACAACGCAGAGCAAAAGAAUUUUGAACCGUGAACAUUUUUGGUCAACGAGUCUCCCACGUUUGGCUUCCCGCCUCUUGAUUUUGGGUUAGAGCCCUGCACUGCUUUCCUUCUCCCCAACCUCCAGAGGUGCUGGCGGGAGCCCUCUCGCGCGCCCAAGUCCGGAGCAGAGGCUGUCCUGGCCUUCAGGGUGAGGAGGCAGCCCCUGGGCGGGUCCUCCAGCAGCCAGCGCCGGGCGGCGCGGGUGUCCGCAUCCCGCGCGGUGGAUGGCGCUCAGAGCGCUCGCGGCAUGCAGUCGCUCAACAUCACCCCGGAGCAGUUCUCCAAGCUGCUUCGAGACCACAACCUGACGCGGGAGCAGUUCAUCGCGUUGUAUGGACUGCGGCCGCUGGUCUACAUCCCAGAGCUGCCCUGGAACGCUAAGCUGGCCUUUGUGCUCACCGGCGUGCUCAUCUUUGUCCUGGCACUCUUUGGCAAUGCACUGGUGGUCUAUGUGGUGAUCCGCAGCAAGGCCAUGCGCACCGUCACCAACAUCUUCAUCUGUUCCUUGGCAGUCAGCGAUCUGCUCAUCACCUUCUUCUGCAUCCCGGUGACUAUGCUCCAGAACAUCUCAGACAAGUGGUUGGGGGGUGCCUUCAUUUGCAAGAUGGUGCCAUUUGUCCAGUCCACUGCUAUUGUGACAGAAAUCCUCACAAUGACAUGCAUUGCUGUGGAGAGGCACCAGGGACUCGUGCAUCCUUUUAAAAUGAAGUGGCAAUACACCAACCGAAGGGCUUUCACAAUGCUAGGUGUGGUCUGGUUGGUGGCAGUCAUCAUAGGAUCUCCCAUGUGGCACGUGCAACGACUUGAGAUUAAGUAUGACUUCUUAUAUGAAAAAGAACAUGUCUGCUGCUUGGAAGAGUGGACCAGCCCUGUGCACCAGAAAAUCUAUACCACCUUCAUCCUUGUCAUUCUCUUCCUCCUACCGCUUAUGGUGAUGCUUAUCCUAUACAGCAAGAUUGGCUAUGAACUUUGGAUAAAGAAAAGAGUGGGAGAUGGCUCAGUGCUUCGAACUAUUCAUGGAAAAGAAAUGUCAAAAAUAGCCAGGAAGAAGAAGCGAGCUGUCAUUAUGAUGGUGACAGUGGUGGCUCUCUUUGCCGUAUGUUGGGCACCUUUCCACGUGAUUCACAUGAUGAUUGAAUAUAGUAAUUUUGAAAAGGAAUAUACUGAUGUUACAAUCAAGAUGAUUUUUGCUAUAGUGCAAAUAAUUGGAUUUUCCAAUUCCAUUUGUAAUCCAAUUGUUUAUGCAUUUAUGAAUGAAAACUUCAAAAAGAAUUUUUUAUCUGCAGUUUGUUAUUGCGUAGUAAAAGAAACUUCAUCCCCAGCACGAAGGCAUGGAAAUUCAGGAAUUACCAUGAUGCAGAAGAAAGCGAAAUUUUCCCGGAAAGAAGACAUAAUACAGGAGACCAAAGGAGACGCAUUCAGUGAUGGCAGCAUUGAAGUCAAGUUCUGUGAACAACCCGAGGAGAAAAAGUAUCUCAAAAGACAUCUUGCCCUUUUUAAUUCUGAAUUUUCUGAGAAUUCUGCUUUAGGCAGUGGGCCUUAAUUAUAACAAUGUAUUCAUAAUCAUUGCCCUUCAUAGCUUAAUCUGAAGAGAAAAUUAUUUUGAGCAAAGGUCAAAUACUCAUGUUUUAUUUUAGAAUGAUGAAAAGAAGGAAUCUUAACUCAUGUUUCCAUAAAAAUCUUACACUGCACAUGAAAACUCAAUUUUGAAAAGAGUAUA